UCAGCUUCUCGUCCUCGGCCCGACCCUUCGCUGCGGCUCCUGGGCCCUGCGCAGCCCGCCACGGCGUUGGCUGGACACUUAUUCCUCAGUGAUCAGCAGUGCAUCAAGCACCUUUCGUCUACAUCACUCUCUAAAACCGCACGUUUGUGUAACAGUAAAUGAUUUUGUCGAGAUUGAAAAUAUAUCAAAAGCUGUGCAAGAAGUGACGUCGUGUGUGCGUCGUGAUCAUUUUCAAUGAGGUGUUCGUGGACGUGACUUAGGUACUUACCUCGCCUUUCUUGUGUUACUGGCCACCUCUGUAAUGUCCUGCAUCGUCGAGGGUGGCAGGAGUCUGUGUGCCUGUGUUCUCAGGUUUGCUAGCAGUGACAUCCCGUGCCCUUGCUGUGACGCCCCGCAGCCCGCCCUUCUUUGCCCCAGGGAAGUGUUUCGUAGUGCCCCGUGCGUGCAGUGUAGUGCCCCUGUGUUCUCUAUGAAUGACGGCCACCCUGUGCAAGUACCCAGAGAGGCGGACGCGUGCCCUGUAGUGAUGCAUGAAGGCGUGAAGAGCGGCGUGUGGCCCUCGCUCACAGCACCUGCGGGCUGUGAAGGCGAGGCGGUGCAGCAGAGUGUAGCUGCCCGGGUCUCUCCAUUAGGCAUGGCGGACCCUCACCUGACCCGCAUCACUGAGCCUCCUGACGACGAUUCAAACUGUCUUAGCCUUCCGAAAGCUGAGUGUCAGUCAGACGACGACCCUGACCUAUUGGAGCUGCUGAGUGACCCCAAGCUGGCAGAGCCUCUGGAUGACCGGGACAGUGACCUGGAGGACGCCAUAACGACUUGUUGUGACGUAGCGGACCUCUGUGACGCCGAGGAUGACGAAGACCUUGAAAUUGAAGAGAACGAAGAACCUGAAGAGGAGAUGGAACUGGAGACGCAGCCCGAUAAUGUGUUCCUGGAGGUCCCUGCAGUUGAGUGUAAAGACGAUGGCGACGACAAGAGCGCCAGUCCCACGCCGGAACUCUUACACAGGAAGAGGCACAUGUUCUACGUCGGGAAUGAGGAUGAAAUCAUUAAUUAUCAAGAUGACAUCGAUUUUGAGGACUGCGGCUAUAACGAGGAUGUGGAAUUAGCUCUGGACAGCGACAAUCAGCACAGCAUCGAAGAAAACGACAACGACAAUGACAACUAUAACGACAACGACAAUACUACAGCGAGUUUCUGCAACGUAGGUCCUCCGAGGUCUAUCCUGAAGCGGGGGUCACGCUCCUCGCUGGGCUUUCCGAUGAAGUCCGCCUUGGCCCACCUCCUCCUGCCGCUGCAGCCUAUCCUCACCGCCCUGCCUCCAGACGUGGUCAGUGAGGUGGAGGAGUUGAGGAAGCUGUAUCCGGGCAUUUCAGAAGACUACCUCAAAACCCUCUGUGAGUUUGGGUUGUUGGAGGAAGUGCCGCCCUCGGAGUGUUCGUCCCCGACUUCCACCUUGCCUCGCGCGCGGGUUAUCUCCCUCAGCGGCUCUUUCCUGGGUCGAAAGGCGUCCCAGUGCUACUCGGAUGCCGGGGACAUGUUUUCAGAUAUUGGCAGCCCCGACGAUGGGUGCCAUUCAGAGUACCGCGCCACGCCCUCCGUGCGCGGCCUCUUCAUCACGACCCCCGUCCCCCCGCAAAGCAGCAGCUCCCGGGAGAGGAAAAAGAACGUCAUCCGCUUCUCCAGCGAAAACUCAGAGGGUUCGGCUGAUUCGAACUACUCGCAGCCGUCUUCGGACCUGUCGUUGGACGAGGAGAGAGAGAACCUCAGGCGGGAGACAGAGAGACAGGCGCUCUCGCAACUGGAGAAGGCCAGGAAUACUCGUCGCGUGGCUCCUGGAUUCAGGCGCAGGACAGAGGGUCAGGCACUCAUCUCGCUGCAGAGGGCCCUGACCAAGCCUGUGGCGUUCUCGGUGCGGACCAACGUGGCUUACGAUGGCUCCCUGGACGACGACUCCCCAGUGCACGGCUCCGCCAUCUCCUUCGACGUCAAAGACUUCCUCCACAUCAAGGAGAAGUACGACAAUAACUGGUGGAUCGGGCGCCUAGUGAAGGAGGGCGCUGACGUCGGCUUCAUCCCUUCCCCCGUCAAGCUGGAGAACCUCCGCAUCCAGCAGAAGAGCUCCAAGCUGUACUCCAAAACUUCCUCAUCGGGUAAUCUGGGCAUGAUAAAUGAUGUUCUGUCCAAUAGCAAGAGCUCCAACUCCCGAGGCUCCACUCCCCCCACCCCCGAACUGAGCUCUAAGACGCUCCUGUAUGAUGUCACAAACCCGGGACUUGAUCUCGACAACGGCAUAGACUCCAACCUGGGGGAAGACUCUGAUUCCUUGGGCAACUCCAAAGGGAAAACUUCCAUCACCACUCCUCCGGCGAAAGAGAAAAAGAAACCUUUCUUUAAGAAACAGGAGAAUAUUCCUCCUUACGAUGUCGUGCCUUCCAUGCGCCCGCUAGUGCUCGUCGGCCCCUCCCUCAAAGGGUACGAGGUUACGGACAUGAUGCAGAAGGCGCUUUUUGAUUACAUUAAGCACAAAUUUGAGGGAAAGGUGAUCAUCACGAGGGUGAGCGCUGAUAUCUCUCUGGCCAAACGGAGUCUUCUCAACAACCCCAGUAAAAGAGCCCUCAUGGAACGCUCAAACUCCAGGUCUUCUUGUAUAGCCGAGGUUCAGGCCGAGAUUGAGCGGAUAUUCGAGCUUGCCCGAACCCUGCAGCUGGUGGUGUUGGACUGCGACACUAUUAAUCACCCGUCGCAGCUGGCCAAGACCUCCUUAGCGCCCAUUCUUGUAUACCUCAAGAUCUCGUCUCCUAAGGUGUUGCAGCGUCUAAUAAAGUCCCGGGGCAAGUCUCAAAGUCGCAACCUCAACGUUCAGAUGGUUGCCGCCGAGAAGCUGGCGCAGUGUCCACCCGAAAUGUUCGACGUCAUUCUUGACGAGAACCAGUUGGAGGACGCGUGCGAACACAUAGCCGAGUACCUGGACGCGUACUGGCAGGCCACGCACCCACCGCCGCCGCCGCCACAGAUCCAGCGGCCGCUCCCCUCACCGCACACCAGCCCGCGGGCCAACCACGCUCAGGGGAACCUCAUGCGGACCAACUCAACGCCGCCAGGUCCUCCUGGGUCCGUGGCUCGUGAGCCCGGCUACCCUCGCUAUACGGAUGAGAGAGCUCACAGCGUAGGUGGUCAGGAUUGGUAUCCAGACGGGACUCAGGAUACAUAUAGUGUGUACCACCGAGGGGGCCCAACAGGACACGGUGGCCCCCGGACACUUCCCUCCCGUGACCCUCGGGACUUGAGAGAUCCUCGAGACAGGGAUUUACGGGAUGAUGAUUAUGGUGAAAGGCUUCCUCCCCAAGACCCUGGGCACAUGUACGACCGCCCGCCAGACCGACCCUCAGGACGCCGACAGUUACCACCCACCAGGGAUGAAGAUUACCACUCUCCACACCGCCCUCCCACACGCCAAACCCUUAAUGUGUAGCAGUUAGCCUUUGUUUGUAGCAGUUAGUGCUUGUUUGUAGCAUUCAGUGCUCAUUUGUAGCCUUCAGGUCUGUUUUUCAAGGGAUAACAAUAAUGUAAGAUACCUCGGUGUAUUUAACACAUAAGAGGUUGAACAUUUUAAGGCAUAAGAAGGCUAUAAUAUAUAAAUAUGCAAUGGCUACCAACAUUCACUGCUGACACAACCUGAAACCUGUAGUUCUAAACUUCAGAACACUUUUGAUACUCCAAGUGAAUAAUGUUGUUUGUGAGACUAAUAUUGGCUCCAGUAGGUUAUGAAAUGUCUUUAACCUCAAUGGUUGUUACAGAACAUUUGCAUAUGAUGGGGUUCCUCUUACACCAUGCGUUGUGAUAGUCCAAUUAUUAAGUAAGAGAUCAAUGUUACCUGUCCUACAGAAGCAUAAUACACCCCCUCUGGCCUGUCCCUAUCCUCUUGGCUGCCUUACACAAAUACUGUAACCCCAAUUGGAACUGAUCAGAAAAUUAAACCAUGAAGGGCCAUUUGAGGAGCUUUGCCAUGUGAGAUAUCAUUGUCAACUGAUGGGCAGCUGGAGUAAUGUGUUGGUAUCAGUCAUAGCAAAUAUUUUUCCAGCCACUGAGCACCAUUCUAGAAACAAUGAAGGCAAUGGAACACUGUCUGGAAAGUGGCUUGUCAAAAAAUGAACUGCAUUUUAUUCUAAUGACCCUGACUAUGGAUGAUAAUUCUCAUUUGUCUUUGCUCAUCAUGUACCAUUCAUUCAUAUACUAUGAGUUUCAUGUUCUGCCCACAUGCCUUAGGCAGAUGUGUUUUGAAAUAAUGUGAGAAUGUGACAUUAUAAAUACCAGUGUAAAUAUAGUUGGUUGUACACUAAGGAUUGGCACAUUAUCCUUUGCCCAAGUUGUUCUUAAAACUGCCUUUAACCACUGUAGUGUUGAAUAUUACACUAGUUUAUUACACUAGUUUUUAAUAUUUUCACUUUGUAGCUUGGAACUGUUCAUUAUAUUAGGUUUAACAUUUUAUAUUCCAUAACUGUUCACUUUGCAUAAAAAACAAAAUGCAGAGUUAUUUUACAUCUGACGCUACAGUUGGAUGAAGUUCAAAUUUUUAUAAGACAGUUUUUCUGGCUAAACCUACUAGUAACAUGUACCAAUACUACAAGCGUACAAGAACUGUACUCUCUAUAAUAGCCGAUGUAUCAUUUUAAAUGAUUUUUAUUCGAGUUUCGGUCUCAUGGUCUGAUAAUCACGCUAUGAUGCAUCAUGAAAGCUGCUACACUGUAUUGAAAGAAAAAUGUGAUAGUAGAGUAUUAACCAAGCUUUCAAAGUUGACCAAAGUAAAUAUUAUGGUAUUAUUGUACCUUUUUAUGUAAUUAAUACUAAUACUAAGACCAAAAGCAUUCAUCAUUGCAGUUGUUGUUGUUGUAUCCCCUUCUGACCUUAAUAGUGAAAUUGCAUCAAUUUCUAUACUAUAAAUAUUGAUUCAUAUUAUAUACUGACUGUCCUGCAAGUGUCCAUUGCAGAAAAAUUAAUCUUUUGAAUUUUAUUGCUCAGCUGAAAUUGUGUAUCACAAAUGUUUUUUUCUUUAUAUAUACACACACACACACACACACAAUAUAUACUGUAUAUAUAUAUAUAUAUAUAUAUAUAUAUAUAUAUAUAUAUAUAUAUAUAUAUAUAUAUAUAUAUAUAUAUAUAUAUAUAUACUGUGUUACCUCAUUCAUGUAUGCAUCAAGAACAACAUUUGAUGUGUUGAGAUUUUUCAGUUCACAUUUCAUUUUAUUUACAUUGAUUUCAUCAGGAAAUGUCAUGGACACUAGACAUGCCCUUUGUUUAAAAGAACAGAAAUGUGGAGUAGCACUCUUUUUUUAGUACACUACAAAUGUGCAUUGUCCAUGGUUUACAAUCCAGCUCUUGAUAACAAAAGCUGUGCUCACUAUUAUUUGCAAACAAACAUAUUAAAAAUAGUUGUACAAAUGAACACACACACACACACACACACACACACACACACACACACACACACACACACACACACACUCCGGUAGCUCAGUCGGUAGAGCGCUGCGCUGCAGGGCUUCACGGCCAAACAGGCAGUGGUUUGAGGCCCGCUCAGACCGGAUUCUUUCCGUUGACUAGGAGUGGUUACUGUCCCCCUUUGAGCAAGGGUGAUGGGAUGUGUGGUGGUGAGGUUCUGGCAGUACCCAGAGAUCAACAAUAAUGAGCAAUUACUCACGUUGGGAGGGUACCUGCUGGCAAAAGCGAGUCCAACUCAUGAUCAGGCUGUGGUGAAUUACACACGCACUGCUGCAUAGCUCAGUGGUUAAAGCUAUGCGUUGCCAGGCUUUGUGGCCUGGCAGGUAGGGAUGGAGUAUUCAUAUUCGGUAUUCAUAUUCAAAUACAUUUGAAUACCGUACUUGGGUGUAUUCGUAUUCGUAUUAGAGUAAUUAUUGAUAGAAAUCAAAGUAUUCUCAUUCAUAUUCGAAUACAAGGGAAAAGUAUUUGUAUUCUGCGAAUAAUCUGAUGAAUACUUCUAAUUUUACAAUCAGAAAUAACAGCCGUUGUUCCUUACAACUCUUGCCUCCUGGGCGGACGUGUAAUUGUUAUGUAAAAUACAGGUUCAUGAGCUCAUUUUGCGGUUGAAUAAUUUUAAAACAAUGCAAUACCCAAUUACAUCAAGAAGGUAUUUUUCAAAUGAAAAGUAUAAGUGAAUGUAUUCAUGAAUAUUUUUGAGAAGUAUUUGUAUUUGUAUCAGAAUUAAAACCAUUUCAGUGUAUUCAAAUUUGUAUUUGUAUUUGUUAGAAUUUGAAACAUUCAUAUUUGUAUUUGAAUACACAACUCUGGUAUUCACUCCAUCCCUGCUGGCAGGCAGAGGUUCUAGCCCUGCUCAAGCUGGGAUUUUUCUGCUGACAAGGAGUGGUUACUGUCCCCCCUCAAGCUAGGGGGAUGGGGCAUGUGGUGUGUGAAAUAAGGUUCUGGCAGUACCCAGAGAUCACUAUAAUGUGCUUGCUCUUGUCGGGAGGGUAUUAGCUGGUGAUUGAUGGUCAGGCUGUAGUGAAUUACACACACACACAUAUGUACACACACAUACAUGCACACACACACACACUUACACAUGUUCCACUACAUGGAUGAAGAUAUGAUUUAGUUGAUCAUGUCAGCAAUUCAACCAAGAGUGAUGUAUGCAGUGGCGAUGAUCUAGUAUCUACACGGAAAGAAAAAUAUUAGGAAGAUACUAACGAUUUAAAAAGAUGUGACAAAGAUUGGGCUAUGCUUGACAGACAUGACGUAAUAGGAGAGAUUGGAAAGACUGAGUCUGCCUACCUAUAAAAAGAAAAGCGAAGAGGAGAUCUGAUCGUAGGGUACAGGGCAAUGAAGGAAAUAUAAAUAAUCGACAUGGAUGACCUGUUUAUAUGGGAAUGGGAUAUGAGAAGUACAAGAGGUCACCAAAAUUAAUUGAGCAAGACAUGAUGUCUGAGAGAUAUCCCAAACAUUGCUUUCCUCAUAGAUGCAUUGACACUUGCAAUGACCUAAAAAGGGAGAUAAUUCAGCCAAAAAUAUUCAUGAAUUUAAAGGAAACUUAAUAAACUGAGAUUUUGAGACAUUUGUAUAUUUCAAUGAGGUAAAUACACACACAGGACCCCCUCACCACAGUGUCACAGAUCCUUUCCCUCCCUACACACAAAUAAGAACUGUGAUUUGGGAUGGGGAGAACACAGGAAGAAACUGUAAAAGACAAAAAAUACAUCAUUCUGUAUAGAUGCAGUUAUAUAUGAAAUGGCCUGGAUAGGGAGAUUAUCUAAUUCAAAGUCAUAGAAAAUUUUGAAGGAGAGUUCGACUGAUUAAGAUGUGGAGACAGGACCUCAAGAGUGUGGCUCAUUUCCUGUAUAUCAUUACUAGGUAAACACACACACACACACACACACACACACACACACACACACACCACUCCCAUGGCACAACUGGUUAGAGCACUGCGCUGCCAAGCUUCACAGUCUGACAGGGCGGCGGUUCGAGCCCACUGAGGCCGGAUUCUUUCCGUUGACUAGGAGUGGUUACUGUCCCCCCUUGAGCAAGGGGGAUGGGGUGUAUGGUGUGUGAGGUCCUGGCAACCCACAGAUCGAUGAUAAAGAGCACUUGCUCAUGUCGUGAGGGUACCUGCUGGCGAUUACAAGUCCAACACGUGAUCAGGCCGUGGUGACGAUUUACACACACACACACACACACACACGCACACACACACGUUUUAAUAGUUGUCAUUAUAUUGAUCUACAAGCUGUGCAGUGUAAACUAUAUUUUAGAUAUGUUUGUAUGUGAUACCACUGCUUCAUGUUUUGACCUUUUUUAUGUUUAUUUGGAUCAGUGAUGUAGUCAUGAAACCAAGGUCUGCCUUUGAAGAUCAAUGCAGAAGUGUGCAUUGCAGGCCAGUGGGCUCCAAUAAUAUGAAGCAAAUCUAAUUUCAGUAUGUUUGUGUAGUGCUGCAAUAGUUCCUUUUAUUUAUGGCCAAUACACAAUAAUAUAUAACAUCUGAAUCCUCCACUUUUUUUUUUAGGUAUAAUGCCUUCUGCACAUUAUGAUAAAUAAUGGAGCCAGAGAUCUUUUGCAUAAAUGCUGAUGGCCAUAAUUACUUUCCCUUCAUAUUACAUAAGCUUGGUUGACACAGAAAUCUGCAGAGGAGCGAUCUUUCAGCACACUAAUGGAAAAACUGGUUUCAACCUCCUAUUCACUGAUUUCUUUGAGGCUUGAUCUUUUAAGUUUACAAUUCUUCUAGAAUGUAUUUACAUAAAUACUUCAUGGAGAUGAAUCUCAAUAAUAUAUAUGACUUUUCUGUAUACCUGGUUUUUCAUAUUGCCACCAGUUAAAAAUAAAUGGAUUGUUUUUGAUACAGUAAAUUUUAUAUUUAAAAAAAUCUGUAAUGUUUGUAUGUACAGUGAUCCCCUGCACACAUUACACAUUGUGAUUUUUUUGUCCAAAUAGUGGAUUCCUAUGGGCCUCUGGCAUACCAUCUUAAUCAGUUUUAUAUUGGAUUGAAAAAAUAUUGGUUAUCCUCCAAACAUUAGUCAUUCAUUUGUUAAGUAAUUUGUUUAUUUUUCCAAAGUUACAACUGAAUAUACAGUUUUACAUUAAUACUUGUAUGGAUAAGUUGUUCUAAAAAUCCACUACAGUUGAAAUUCUUAUUGUUUAGCACAACUGAGAUGUAACCAGCAACACAAGCUACUGACUGAUUUAAUCACUUAGAAAUUUGGUAAGCACUCACCAGCUUGUCAGUAUGUGGUGUGUUUUGUCACAAGGUUGUGUGAGUAUUGUUAUGUAUAAGUUCCAAUGAAUAAUCUUACAUAUGGUUUAGUGGACAGAAAUCUUUGAAGUCUUAGUUAAUGCUGUAUGUAUUCAUAAACUUCUUUAAACUCGGAAUAAACAAAGAAAGUCAAUUUACAAAUGUGCAGAAUGUUUUGCAAGCCAUGAAUUAGCUGGGGACCAUUGCAUUUGUUUUAAUUCUUAUCAUAAAGCCUCGGUGUACUUAUUAAAAGAAUGUUCCUCAUAUCAUUUAUGGAAGGCAGGAAAUCACCUUUAUUCCAUGAUAUUUACAUCAUACAUUUCAAGCCCAGAUAAAGAAUGUUUGACCUUCAUAAUCAACAUUAGAACAAAAAGUAUCAAGGUAUUUAGUGUUUUGUGAUAUAUAUUUAGGCCAUGUGUUAUGGUUUGUUGGAGUCAAAAGUCAUCUGUCAGCAGCUGUUGUUAAGGAAAGUGAUUCCACAUGCAGAGUUGGAAUUACUUUUUCAGUUUGAAUUACAACAUAAACAUUCUUGUUUACAUACACUUCAUCUGGCAAAAUAUGUACAGGCCACAUUUCACAAACAUUAUAUCACUUCAUCUUAUUGAACUCUUGCCACUAUUACGUUUCCCAACCAAUAUCUUUGCAUCGUGAAUUUUGGCAAAGAAUUUGUUUUAUAUGUGCAUGUGCCUUUACUUAAUAGAAAAGAUCUUCCCUCCACCAUAUAUAGAUUAUUUAGAUUGUGCAGUAUGAUCAUUCUAAUGCUGUAACUAUCAUAUAUCUAUUUAAUUUUCCAAUUAUUGUACAGACUCUAUUAAUUAUUUAGUGUUAUAAAAAUUAUCCAAUGUACAUGAUGCAAGGGUAUUUUGUAUAAUUCUCAUAUUUUUUUAUCUAUGCAUUUUCUGUAAUCUUCUUUUGUCACCUAUCCAGUCUCAUUUUGCUGAACUACAGUAGCUUCAAUUUUGUUUUUAUUCCAUUAAGAGUUAUGUUGUGAUCAUCCUCAAUACCUUUUGUGUUCAUUCAGAACAUGUACAGCCUUGUGCAUGUGAUGGAUUGACCUGUGAUUCACCAAAAAAUAAAUGCAACAAAUUAUUGACUAAGGCUACUGUAUAAAAGAUCCAGUGUACCUCUUGUUUCCCCUUUUUUUCCCCCUAUUUUUUUCUAUUUCUUCAUGAUUAUGAAUGUUUUCUUUCUACCAAUUAUCUAUCACUUAUCGAUGCUCCCACACUUCCCUUCUUCCAAAUACUGUUAUCCCAAAUGCAUGUCAAUCUCACUGACUUCAUUUUGUUGCAACAAUUUGUAAAUAAUAAAAAUUUUUAUCAUGACCAAAA